CCGCAAGAGACGACGUGGGCAGCCAGAGGGCAUCGUGACAGUGGUGAACCUUCGGAGGCAAUCCAGGUGAAAAAGACUUCCACGUGAAUGGUCCUAUCGAUAAGCGAGCCCGGGGGGUGACUGACGCGGGUCGCAACCUUGGAACCCUUCAUCCCAGUACCUCAUCGCCUCGAACUUCACAACAACCUUUCCUACUCCCGACUACCAACAAUAUGUCAGCCUCCGGAUCAUUCACAAACGUAGCCCUCCGACCAUGGCCAGCCCCUGCACGAGAAAAGCUGACUCCGGUGGAGAUCCAUGCGCAAAUUGCACAGCUAACGACAGAGCGAGGACAUCUCCGCUAUAUCACUGAGGACUCGCUCCAGAAUGAGAUUGACACGGGCACAGACCCGUCAAAAGCUGCAAGUGCGAAGGAGGGCGUUGUCCAGGUCGAGCAGAAUGCCGCUCCAACAAGGCAGGAGCGACUAGUCGAGAUCCAGCGGACAGGACAAGCCAUGUUCAGUAGGCUGGAGUGGUCCUCCUUCUAUACUACAAACAUGAUUGACCUAGUAUCCUUGAUAUUGUCAAAGGACCCCUCAAAACGUGUCGAAGGUUCAUUCAGUGCACGUUUCAAGGAACAAAAUGUCCCCCAUGGAUCUUUCGGGCUGGAUAAGGGUGCCCCAACUGAAGAAUCGCAAAAAGGUGCUCUAACACGAGAUUCAAAUACUCUAGAGAAAAAGAAGCGGAAGCUUGUUGCUAUGGGUUCAAGAAUGGAGGCCUUGGACAAAGGCAUUGACAACAUUCUUCAAGCGGCAACCGAGCUCGAGACGGAAGUGCGCAAGGAAACCAAGUAUUGGGGAGAGAUUUUGUCCGUCUCUCAGAAAGGCUGGUCUCUCCAGAAGCUUCGUAGAGAUGCGCGUCACUCCCCAUUUGCUGUGCACUAUGGCUUCCAAGAAGCUAGCGACCACUUCAAGGCGCGCCGCUUGGCUCCUCUCCGUAUGGACAAAGAUGGUAGCAUUAUCCUUGAUCCAGCCCUUGCUCUGAAGCCGAAGACACUACGAGUCAGAGUUACCGCCAACGGAAAGAUCUUGGGGACUUCAACGCUCCCUCCACAAGGAGAAUUGUCUGACCUAGGGAUCGAGAAGUCAAUCCAGCUCGCUCGAGACUCGUUAUUCGAAGAGGAAUUAUAUCACGAGAUGUCGAUGGAGCGCCGUCAAUUAGGCUCUUUUGGGGUACAGUUGCGAGACUCGUGCAUCCAUCUCCCAGUCCCGGAUUUGGGUGGUGGCCAAACUAAUAGGAUCGUUUUAAUCGACUGUGUAGCGCGAGAUGACAAAUUCUUAGAUGCCGACGACCGCUCUGAAGACUGGCUUGCUCAGAAGAUCGCUGAAGCCCUUCGUAUUCUCCUUGCUCACGAACAUCACAUGCGAUUGCAUCGACGAUCCCAGGUACCUCCACCGCUCACGCAAAAUCGACGGGUGCAUCCUUCUCCACCGCUCCUCCGCACUAUGUUGACCUUCUUCCAUCACACAAGCGCGGUCAAUUCUCUGCAAAAUUAUUUGGAUUUGACGGUCGCAGCCAUGACAAGUGCUGGUCUGAAUACCUCUUCUCACGUGGUCCGUGAGAAUUCUUGGGCACAUCUUAUAGAAGCGCUCAAAAAACCGCAAGACAAGGAUCUUUCUGUAGCAGAUCAAAUCUUAAGAAGCCUUUCGAAACCUUUCGAUGGCACGGCGACUCUGACCCUUCCAUCAUCCAACGAAACUCGCCCUGAAUUGAUCACCAUUAACACACGAACCUAUAUGGGCGCUCCAAUAUUUGGCUCAGAAUAUAAAGUCAUUGUUCCGCCUUCUUUGGGCGUUGUGCUGGACUUGCCCCAGGACCAGAAGCGAGAGUUCAGAUUCACGUCUGCUACUGAGCUAGAACAUUAUCUCGACUGGAUUCUCUCGCUCGAUCUAACACAUUCCCUACUUCCUCUCGAAUAUGGUGAACGGGCAGUUGUAAUAGACAUUAUUCCUCCCCGAGUCAGUAUUUGGACGAAGGGAAGGAAAAAGCGGGCCAAGAAAGACGUCGUUAUCGAGUUUGCUCGGGGCGCUCUGAAGCUCAGUGUUGCAAAUCCGCAGGUACACGGCGAGGCUAUGACCGAGAAUGAAAUCAUUUGGGAUGGUAGAAAAGAUGCAACUUCUUUCAAAAAGACGGUGAAGGGCUUCAUGGGUUGAAGUUUGAAGUUGCAGAGACCGGCAUUUUUGUCAUUUGAAGGACAAAUAAACACAAUUGCAUGAGUGAACCUUAAAACGCUCCCGAAACACAAGGGCAACCAUUUCGACCUCCGUCACGUGAUCUGUAACGGGCAAAGUGCCGUACCUAAUAACACAGCAAUGGCUGGACCUGCUUUUCCGAUCGACAUGCACGGAAGCGCUGCCGUUUGGCCGGGACUGGGGGAUCGGC